UCGACUUCGAUAGACGGUCUAUUAUCGGGAUGUGUGUAUAUGUAAAUAUAUAGAAAUUAUAAAAAUUAGGCUUCCAAAUACAAGAUAAACUAGAGUGCUAUCGGAGAAAUGGCCGCCGCCGAGACAGGUGCAGCAGCCAGCGGCAGUAGGGCGUCCGCGGGGCAGCGCGGUGUCAGCCGCGUUCUUGCCAAGCUGUCGCAAUCCUUGGCCGGAGGAGAGUUCUACGAGGCUCACAUGAUGUACAGGACUUUGUACUUUCGGUAUACGGCGCAGAAGCGCUACCAGGACUGCCUGGACCUACUCUUUGAGGGGGCCCAGCAGCUGAUAGACAAGGAGCAGGAGAGCAGCGCGGCCGACCUGUGUCUACUGCUGGUGGAUACGCUGGAGAAGCGGGGUCCCCUGGACGAGGGCGACGACAACUUUGUAUGGGUGGCCCGCCUGGGAGCCCUAAUCCGAAGCCUCAGCGCCGCGACAGUGGAGCGCGAGACUCUGAUCCAACGGACCAUCAAGUGGAGUACGGCGCUGCAUGGACAGUACGGCCACCCAGUGCUACACAAGCUGAUUGCGCACGUAUUCUGGACUGAGGGCAACAUCGAGCUGGCCCGCCACCACUACCUGCUCUGUCAGGACGGCAGUCUCUGCGGACGAGUGCUAAUCGAGAUAAGCCAGAGCAGAGGCUUCCAGGGCGAAGUGGACCUAUUUCUGGUGCAAGCCGUGCUGCAACAGUUGUCGCUAAAAGAUCGCAAGACCGCCGAGGACACGUUCACCGAGUACACGCGCUACCAUGCGAAGCUGCUGCGACACGAGUUUCCCUUCAAGGAGCCACUGGUAAACUUCUUGUACUUCCUGUUCCGUCUCAUCGAUGUCAAGAGCGUGUCCGGGUUCCGAGCGCUGCGCAAGCUCUACGAUCCCUCGCUCAAGCGCGACCUAUCGUUCCUGAAGUACGUGGCGAAGAUCGGUGUGCUCUACUUUGACGAGCAGCCUGAGGUGACCCACACUGCACCAGGACUGGGAGGGAUGUUCGGAGACAUAUUAAAUCGGCUAAUGGCGGGCUUUGAUGAGGACGACGGGGAGGGAGAUCAGGACACGACGCCUGGUCGACAAAGCGCCAGCAACGAAUUGGACUAGCAUCGAGCAGGGCUCCGUGCAAGGCCGCUCCCCUUAGACGGUGCGUAGCAGCAGAGGAUCACUUUUUUCCUUCUGUACUGUACUGUACUGCGUCGUUCAAGGUCGCCGAAGUUUUUAGGCAACAAUUCAUCGGGCUAUUCUUGUUAUAAUUUUAUUGUGCUGUACGCAAAAGUCGCGAUAAAUCCAAUGUAGAUUCCAAUGUUUCAUAUGGAAAUUAAAAAUAACAUUUCACAA